CCAUAUUUAGCUGGCUGCUGGCGAAGGAAGGAAGGAACACUUCAUCUGUCAGCCCGGCGCCUCCAAACUCUCCUUUUCACGGAUACUUUGCACACUUGACAGCUACAUUUCUUUUUCUUCUGGACUUACAACCGGGCUGCGAGCUCCCAAGACGCCGCCAUUGAGGAAACAACUUUUAUAUGUUUGUUUGAGUAUUUGAAAGUAGCGAGCUAGCCGGCUAACGUUAGCCGAUGCUAACACGACAUAGUCUUUAUAAUUGGGGGGGAAAAUUCACCUUAAAAGCUUCACUUCCGCUCGGUUCGGACUCACUGUGAUGGCCUCAUGACAGCAGCUCUCGUCCGGGCUGGACACUUUUUCACCCCCGCUUCCCUUCGGAAGCCUCGCUAGCUCGCUGGCUAGUUUAGCUUCACCGAGAGGCGCCGCCUUCGCUUGCUAACUCGCCGGGUCAAGUGACGCCAGCUCGGGACACGUCGGCGUGUCAACAACACCCGCCUGGAGAGGGGAGGGAGGCCUGCAGGCUGACAGCUCCCGGGCGAGGUCACUCGACGGGGGGGGAGAGCCGAGGGAGACACCGGGCUGAAGGGAGGAGGAGGACCGGACGUUUGGCGACUGUGAUCCGGGAAGUAAUCCGGGCUGCGACCUCAUGAAUGGAAAUCGGAACUACAGGAGCCGUUGGGGCCCAGUCCCUGUUCGCCAUGCCUCGGCGGCCUGGCUAUGGCACCAUGGGAAAGCCCAUCAAGCUGCUGGCCAAUUGCUUCCAGGUGGAGAUCCCCAAGAUGGAUGUCUACCUUUACGAGGUGGACAUCAAGCCUGACAAGUGCCCUCGACGAGUUAACCGGGAGGUGGUGGACUCCAUGGUGCAGCACUUUAAGGUGACCAUCUUUGGGGAUCGCAGGCCGGUCUACGAUGGCAAGAGGAGUCUGUACACAGCCAACCCUCUGCCUGUGGCACCUACAGGGGUGGACCUGGAUGUCACUCUGCCAGGUGAGGGGGGCAAAGACCGACCCUUCAAAGUUUCCAUCAAGUUCGUGUCCCUGGUCAGCUGGCACAUGCUCCACGAGGUGCUGACGGGCCGCAGCGUGGCCGAGCCCCUGGAACUAGACAAGCCCAUCAGCACCAACCCUGUGCAUGCUGUAGACGUGGUGCUGAGACACCUGCCAUCCAUGAAGUACACACCAGUGGGCCGCUCCUUCUUCUCAGCUCCAGAAGGCUACGAUCACCCCCUUGGUGGAGGAAGGGAGGUGUGGUUCGGCUUUCACCAGUCCGUGCGCCCCGCCAUGUGGAAGAUGAUGCUCAAUAUCGACGUGUCCGCCACCGCCUUCUACAAGGCGCAGCCUGUCAUCCAGUUCAUGUGUGAAGUGCUGGACAUCCACAACAUCGACGAGCAGCCCCGCCCUCUCACGGACUCGCACCGGGUCAAAUUCACCAAAGAAAUCAAAGGUUUGAAAGUGGAGGUGACGCACUGUGGAACCAUGCGGAGGAAGUACCGUGUCUGCAACGUGACCCGCAGACCGGCCAGCCAUCAAACGUUCCCUCUCCAGUUGGAAAACGGUCAGACUGUUGAGCGUACCGUAGCCCAGUACUUCAGGGAGAAGUACAGCCUGCAGCUCAAGUACCCGCAUCUUCCCUGUCUGCAGGUGGGCCAGGAGCAGAAGCACACCUACCUCCCCCUAGAGGUGUGUAACAUUGUAGCCGGUCAGCGAUGUAUCAAGAAGCUGACAGAUAAUCAGACCUCCACCAUGAUCAAGGCCACAGCUCGUUCGGCGCCCGACAGACAGGAAGAGAUUAGCAGGCUGGUGCGGAGUGCCAACUACGACGCCGACCCUUUCGUCCAAGAGUUCCAGUUCAAAGUGCGCGACGAGAUGGCCCACGUGACGGGGCGAGUGCUACCCGCCCCCAUGCUGCAAUACGGCGGCAGGGUGAGCACAGAGCACUUUAUGAAUCGCACCGUGGCCACGCCAAGUCACGGCGUGUGGGACAUGAGGGGCAAGCAGUUCCACACCGGGGUGGAGAUCAAGAUGUGGGCCAUCGCCUGCUUCGCCACGCAGAGGCAGUGUCGAGAGGAGAUCCUCAAGGGUUUCACAGACCAGCUACGUAAGAUCUCCAAGGACGCCGGCAUGCCCAUCCAGGGCCAGCCGUGCUUCUGCAAGUACGCCCAGGGGGCGGACAGCGUGGAGCCCAUGUUCAGACACCUGAAGAACACCUACGCUGGACUGCAGCUCAUCAUCGUCAUCCUGCCGGGGAAAACACCCGUCUACGCGGAGGUGAAGCGUGUGGGCGACACUCUGCUGGGCAUGGCCACGCAGUGUGUUCAGGUGAAGAACGUGGUGAAGACGUCGCCUCAGACCCUCUCCAACCUCUGCCUCAAGAUCAACGUGAAGCUGGGAGGCAUCAACAACAUCCUGGUGCCUCACCAACGACCGUCAGUGUUCCAGCAGCCAGUCAUCUUCUUGGGAGCAGACGUUACACAUCCACCUGCUGGAGAUGGAAAGAAGCCCUCGAUUGCAGCAGUGGUCGGCAGCAUGGACGCCCACCCCAGCAGGUACUGUGCCACCGUGCGGGUCCAGAGGCCGAGGCAAGAGGUGAUCCAGGAUCUGGCCUCCAUGGUGCGUGAGCUGCUUAUCCAGUUCUACAAGUCCACACGUUACAAGCCCACCAGGAUCAUCUUCUACAGGGAUGGAGUGUCUGAAGGCCAGUUCAGACAGCGUUCUCAGGCGUUUGGUUUCUUCUUCUUCAGGUGCUGUAUUAUGAGCUGCUGGCCAUCCGUGAGGCCUGUAUCAGCCUGGAGAAGGAGUACCAGCCAGGCAUCACCUACAUUGUUGUGCAAAAACGCCACCACACACGCCUCUUCUGCGCCGACCGCAACGAGCGAGUUGGCCGCAGCGGAAACAUUCCUGCUGGUACGACCGUGGAUACAGACAUUACGCAUCCUUACGAGUUUGACUUUUACCUCUGCAGCCACGCUGGAAUACAGGGCACCAGUCGGCCGUCCCACUACCACGUGCUGUGGGAUGACAAUUGUUUCACAGCCGACGAGUUCCAGCUGCUCACAUACCAGUUGUGCCACACCUACGUGCGCUGUACCCGCUCGGUGUCCAUCCCCGCGCCUGCCUACUACGCCCACCUGGUGGCCUUCCGCGCCCGCUACCACCUGGUGGACAAAGAACACGACAGCGCCGAGGGCAGCCAUGUGUCCGGUCAGAGUAACGGUCGAGACCCGCAGGCGCUGGCCAAAGCUGUUCAGAUUCACCACGACACCCUGAGGACCAUGUACUUCGCCUGAGCUGCAAGACCCUCCCUUGACCAUUUCCAUCCUCCACACACACACACACACACACACACGGCCAUUCGAGGAUGGCUUGGCAAGUAACCCCCCGCCCCAUACAUACACACACACACAUGCCUAGUCAAUCCGGACCCGACACUGUGCAGAGGGAAGCAGGAAGGAGGCACCCCCACACUGGAUUGAGGAUGCAAACGCUGCUUUAACAAAACAAGCAAACAAAACUCCGCACUAAUAUGCAAUAUCAACCGGCCAACUAGUUUAUUUCCAUCCUAUUGGACUCCAGUUUCUUUGACCUCCAUUUCCUGCGUUUGCUUUUUAAUCCCCGCCCCCAAAUAUUCCACCAAUCUGCUCCCUUCCCAUCCACAGCACCUCAAGUCAGUUCAAGCAGCAGCACUUUUACAUUCUGUCAUUUUUUGUUUGUUUGUUUGUUUCGCUUUUUGCCUUUUGCUUGUUUUUAAACGAGGGAGCAGUACAGAAAGGGUCGACUCACAUUUUGAAGAUUAUGAUUUUACGGCCUCAUUCCUUUCUGCCCCAUCUUAUUUAGUCACUUUCCAGGUGUAAAAUAACCAGUUCUUUGAGCACACUGCCACCUGCUGGCUACGAGGUAUCGCGCCCUCCCUAAUGUUGGCCGCCAGGAGAAAGAUGAUGCCUUGGAAGGGUUUUCACGGAAGAUAUCAGCUGUCACACUUUAUAUUGUCUGACAUAUCAAUCACAGCCAUCUCUUUUUAAUUUAAAGUAUAACACUGUUUUGUUUUUUUUAUCCUGGAUGUUAUUUUCCUGCUUUUGUUGUCUCGUGCGUCAUGUGAAACUUUGAAGAUAUUCGUAUACGGAUACAUUGUUACCUUUUUAAACGACCAUGCGCUAUAUUUUAGGUUUUGGAGGUGGAGCAAGAGAUCUCGUCGGUGUUCUCCACUUGUGCAAUAACGGACUAAAGGAAAGGAAGAGAAAAUAAUACACAUUUCAUUCGGAAGUGAGCGGUCUUGUACGGAGUUUGGCACUUUUUUUUCUGAUUGAGCAGCGUGUCUGUGGUCUUUGUUUUGCCCCGGCAGUCGGGCACACGCGGUAAAACAAAUGUAGUUUUAAUGAUGUUCCAUAUUCUUGACUUGAAGGAUUGCUAUGCUCCUGUGUGGUGUGCGAGUACGUGCUUGUGGUGGUCAUCAUGUUGGAACUCCUGAUCGUGGGUUUGCCAAUGAGCGCUGAUUUCCCCCUGAAUUCCUACAAGUUGUUUUGGACCUGUUUGCAGCAAAGGCCAUAAAGGGGGGAAGGGAGUAUUUAAGUGCCUGGUGGAAUUUAAGCGUUAUCACGCCAUGCCCAUUCGAGUAGGGUGAAAUAAUGAAAAGGCAUAUUUGAACAACAGGGCAGCGUGAGAGAGUUUCACCCAAUGCCUCUUAUUCUUCUCGACAAACGGACUUUUCUACACCACUCAUGGGAAUCCUGACAUGGGAGUGUGUAUUUAUGGUGUUUGCCUUGUUCACCAGUGUUAGCUGUUAGCUUUGCUUGGACACAGCAGUCAAAAGCAAAGCUGGUCUGUUUUUUUUUUUCUUUCCUUUCUUGCUUAUCAGUAAUAAUCAUAUCCUGAGUUUCUAACCUAGUCCUAGCGGGCCAGGGUCUCGGGGUCGGUCCACGUAGCUGGCCCGAAAUAAACCGAGAUCGGCUUCGGAACAAAGCUGAAGAGUCAAGUGGCUGACUUGUUGUUCUCAGUUUCCGGCCCCUAAAUCUAUCAAAUACGUUUCUGGAAUGCGGUCGCCACUCGGCUCCUCCGUGCUGCUGAUAAUCUGAAGCUUUUGGGGAAGGGCGGGUGUUCCUUUACAAAGUUAACUGCACUAAAAGAAGCAUGUGUUCUGGUUCCGAAUACAGGCGUGGUGCUACUACAACCGAUUGUAGAAUCUGGGACUGAGUUUCUCUUGUGAGCAGGUUAGGAAAGCUAAGGGCGCCUCCCAUAACCCUGGUUGGCUGCCACUACCUAGGUCUGUGUUCGCUGGCGUCGGAAGGCCCUUAGUACCGUUGUGGAUGUCAGACAUCCCCUUGGUGGAUGUUUGCCGUAGUGAUGGCCCUACGACCCUGGUGGGUGUGGUACAGGCAUCGCUGGCUAAGUAGAAUGAAGGGUCAGCCCCCAACUGUCCUGGCGGGUGUUGGAGUAGCCCUAAAAACGGUACAGUUUGGAAGAAAUGUCUAUGCUCUCUUAUCGAUUGUUGCGUCUGACUACCUUUCGAAGGCUUUUUCCCUCCCAGUGUGGAAGCUCGCGGGGAUUUGAGCCUUUGGUGUUUCCACUCGUUGUGUCUGAAAGCCUUUAUGAGAAACAACAAGCCAGAUCAAAAGUAUAUUUGUACAUUUAAGACGAUGUAAUAAUGCACACUGAUUAUUUUUGCUAACAGUAAAAAAAAAAAAAGAUGUAGUCUAAAUAUUCUUAGUAACAAAUGUAUCGCUGUACGUUAUGGUUUGAAGGAAAAAAGAUAUUAUUAUUAUUGCAAUAGACUGUUGACUUGUGUCACUGUAAACGGUAUAAGUGUACAUUUGUGCGAACGGUGGUGGAAACUAGUGACGUGUCUUGAUGGUGACUGUCGUACUGUUAUUGACGGGAAGGUGGACCGUGAACCGCCACCGAGCAAACUGCUAGCACAUGUUGAAUGCUCAUUUUUGUAGAUGUUUAUUCAGAGAGCGAGAAACACGACAAAGCUGUAGUUACCGCGGCCCCUGAAUGUUCCUGGCUUUUUUUUUUGGUCCACCUGGUGCUCCACGCCUGCUCCUCAGCGGGGCUGGUGAUCCUUUAGACUGGAGAUCUUAGACUCAUUUCAAGUUGAAUUAGGUACCAUUCCUUUUUGUUUCUCUCCUGGAAUUUGACUCCCCGUUUCCAUGCCCCAGCUGACCUAUGGGGGAUGUACUGUAAAGGACAACAAUGACGUUUGGUCAGUAUGAUUUAUUUUUGAAUUCAAGCACGUGUGAUUCUGUUGGGCUUUGGGAGAACUUGGGUAGGUUCUUGUCGAUGCGGAAUUAGUUUUUAACCCACGCUGCCGACAUGUUUACAGGCCUCUGGUUGGCACAUGCAAGCCAGCAGAGGAACCUGAAAGAAGGCGCCUAGGCCAGUGACGAGAAGUUGGUUCUUUUGCCAGGUUUUUAUAGAAACUUCAAGAAGUCUCCCUUUAAAGUGUAUUCCAUGGAUGUAAUAUCCACCAUGGAAGGUAGUAAACUGGUGCAAGAAGUCCACAGAAAGUGCCUUUCCUCUUGAUUCUCCUUUUCAAGAAAACGUUUUUUUCUCCUCUCAAUGCGACACUUUCAAACAUCCGACAGUGUCUCGGACCCCUCGGUGUCGUUGACGUAGUGGAAUGCGUGUAGGGCGGAGAUCGGCACUACGCGGCUCGUGAAUGUCAGCCACAGCACAGCACUUUACGGGUCGUCAUUCUCACUCAAGAGACGAGUUGGCAGGUUAAAAGAGCAAGUAAGCUAUCUUGGCCGCUGUCCUCACGGGUGUCGAGGAGUUCUGGAUGGUUCCCGUUAUGCUGGUGUGUGUACCACGGUCCCCACCAAGCUGAUGGCGCCCAGCAGAGCCGUGUAUAGCCAACUCUGUUUCAAAGUUGGGACUAAACAUAGUGUCCUGUAGUCAUGUGAGAGGAUUUUAACCAAUCAGAGAGAGUAUGGUCAGACCAUCUAUUAAAUGAUUGGUUAAAAGCCCCUCACGUGACUACAGAGCGCCAUGUUUGGUCCCAACUCCGGAAGCAGGUUGGCCACACUCUCUAUACACGGCUCUAUCGCCCACUGUGUGGAAGGCAAGCACUACCCUGAUGGGUUUCGGAUAGCCCCCACUACCCUUGUGGGUGUGACACACCCACCACUAGCCUUCUGGGUUUUGGAUUGUCCCACUAUACCAGGGGUCGGCAACCCGCGGCUCCGGAGCCGCAUGCGGCUCUUUGACCACUCUGAUGCGGCUCAGCUGCAUACUUGCGACCCCCCGAUUUUCCCAGGAGACUUGUGGAUCUCAGUGCCUCUCUAUGAAAUCUCCAAGGGCAAUUAUAAUCCUAUUUUCACUCUAAUUACUAAAUAAAGGGCGUGCCCUAGAUGCACUGCAGUAAUUGUCCUCUAUAGCAUUUACUAACAGCGUGCCAGCCCGGCCACAUGUUGUAUGUAGCUUUUACUUGCACACGUAGGA